UUUUAGGCUGGGAAUAAUAGUAGUUUUGUAUUACGUUUGGGGUGGGAUUAUUGUUACUUCAUACUUGGCAACCCGCGGUCAACCGGAAGUCGGAAGUCAGGAUUUCAUUCAGCGGCUGUUUGCGACUGCUGUUUACGAGCGUGUUGCUACAGGUUUUUGCAGCUGUUUACAGGCUCCUGAGUCAAACAUGGCGGAGGAAGACGACGAUCCCGGUUUUGAUGAGGAGUUGGAUGAAGGGGGAAACGGUGUAGACGCGGGUCAUGGCAGAAGGAAGAGACUUUUCUCGAAAGAGCUUCGCUGUAUGAUGUACGGCUUCGGCGACGACCAGAAUCCGUACACGGAGUCGGUGGAUAUUCUGGAGGACCUGGUGAUCGAGUUCAUCACGGAGAUGACCCACAAAGCCAUGUCCAUCGGACGCCAGGGCCGCGUUCAGGUCGAGGACAUCGUCUUCCUCAUCCGCAAAGACCCGAGAAAGUUUGCGAGGGUGAAAGAUCUGCUGACGAUGAACGAGGAGCUGAAGAGAGCCCGAAAAGCCUUUGAUGAGGCCAACUAUGGGUCCUGACCUGUCAUACACAGUGUUGUAGCUGUGUUUCUCCAGCAGCUUCAUCAUACUGACUGUACACUGCUGAACGUGCUGCAGGAGCAUGUGUGCUGAGUUCACUGGAAACUUUCCUUUUGUCUAUCUUUAUACUUUUGCAUAAACUACGUACUUGAAAUAAUCAAACAUUUCUAAUAUUAGUUCAUCAGUGAACUGCAUGGAUGUUAUUUUAUGUAAGCUGACCAAUAAAGCAUGUAUGAAGUACCGAACAAUUUUUUUUUAAAUAUAUAUAUAAUGUAUAGACAUACAGGUUAUUACAUUCCUCAAAAACAAAAAAUGUUUUUUUCUAACUCAUUGAUCUAAACUUGAUAUGAACUGGUACCAAUAACCGAAAUGCAACCUACUACAUUUGAAACCUGUUGCUAGUAUGUAUCCACAGCAAGGUCUUGCAGCAGACUUUGACUUGUUUUUGUUGUUUUUGUUGUGUUUACAUUUGCUCCUUUGGCUGACACUUUUAUCCAAAGUGACUUAGACUGAUCAGCCAUAACAUUAAAAACCACCUGCCUAAUAUUGUGUAGGUCCACAUUAUGCCGCCAAAACAGCUCUGACUCAUCGAGGCAUGGACUCUGCAAGACCUCUGAAGGUGUGCUGUGGUAUCUGGCACCAAGACAUUAGCAGCAGAUCCUUUAAGUCCUGUAAGAUGCGAGGUGGGGCCUCCAUGGAUCAGACUUGUUUGUCCAGCACAUCCCACAGAUGCUCGAUCAGAUUGAUAUCUGAGGAAUUUGGAGGCCAAGUCAACACCUUGAACUCUUUAAAAGAAAACUUGAUUCAUCAGACCAGGCCACCUUCUUUCAUUGCUUCAUGGUCCUGUUCUGAUGCUGACGUGCCCAUUGUAAGCGCUUAGGUUAGCAUGAGCACUCUGACAGGUCUGCAGCUACGCAGCCCCACAUGCAGCAAGCUGCGAUGCACUGUGUGUUUUGACAUCUUUCUAUCAUAGCCAGCAUUAACCUUUUCAGCAAUUUGUGCUACAGUAGCUCUUCCGUGGGAUCGGACCAGACAGACUUACCUUCACUCCCCAUGUGCAUCAGUGAGUCUUGGGUGCCCAUGAACCUGUCGCCAGUUCACUGACUGUUCACUUGCUGCCUAAUAUAUCCCACCCCUUGACAGGUGCCAGUGUAACGAGAUAAUCAAUGUGAUUCACUUCACCUGUCAGUGAUUUUAAUGUUAUGGCUGAUCAGUGUACAAUUAAGAGAGGAGCAGUUAAGGGUCUUGUUCAAGGACCCAACAGUGGCAACUUUACAGUGCUGGGAUUUAAACUCCCAACCUUCUAGUUAGUAUCUCACUGAACCAAUAACUCUUCUCUAACACUGGUUUAAACCCUGACCUAUGUAUACUAGCAUGAGGAUGUUUUUUUUGUUUGUUUUUGUUUUUUUUUUGAUGGCGACUACAAAGCAUUUUUAAGUCACUUGGAUAAAUGUGUCUGCUAAAUGAUGUAAAUUUGAGUCAGAGGUUUAACAUAAAGAUACAAAUCCUAUUUCCGUUACCAGUGUCAGAAAUGCAGUGACUGCAAUUCCAUGUUGGUGAUAUCUGCUGCUGAGAAGAUCUUCCUACCACACUGAGUGAAAAAUAAUAAAUUCCAGAAGUCAAAAUGCAAUAGCAAUAUAUGCCAAAAAUAAUAAAUGGAAGCAAAGAACAAUCAACUUAUAGCACAGAGUACUGUCCUUACAUUUAGAUACUCAUAUUAUUUUGCUUUCAGUGCUUGUACGUUAGUUUACUAGUGUUGGCACAAAAUUAAUGGCCACCAGCCACAGUCAAGAACAACUUACUUACUGGGUGUAAGUAAAAAAGCUUACUGGGUGUUCACCGUUUUUUACACUGUACUACUGUGUUACACAGAGUCAACAACAGUUUUGACAAAAAUAUACAUCAUUAUGCAUUCAGUGUUAAAAAUAUUCUCUCAAUAUUGUUAACAGGAGUGCAAUACCUUGUAUGAUUUUGACAGCCCUUGGCAUGUACAUACUGUUAGAAAUGUAUGGACAACUAUUCUUUGAAAUUGGAAAUGAAUGUAGAAGAUCUACCAAAUGAAAUCUGGAUUGUUGCAUGGUUUAAUUUUGUAUAUUGAUUGACAGUGUAGCAACAACCAUUCAUUUAAAUAACCAGUAAUCUUAAACUUUAUUUGUUUCAAUGACACUUGGGGGAGAAAAAAAGAAAAAAAGCUUUAUUGGCAACCUCCUCAAAACAAAAACUUACAAACAUCAGACCAACUAAAUACGAGCAUGUGUUUUAUUUUUUUAUUCCGUUCUUUCAAGCAUUUGUUUAAAUAUGGUGACGUGUAAGAGGUUUUAGCAUUGGUCUAGGCAGCGAUAACAAGCUGCUGAUCUAGUCUAAAUGUAGACUAAAACUCCCAGCCAUGUGCGGUCUACCACAGUAUGAGCUGUUGAUCUAUUUCGCAAAGUAAUAUAAUGGUGCUGCAAACCACACACCACUGCUUGGCUCUUGUGCUCUUGCAGAAACAUGCAGGGUUCUCCCUGGAGUAUGAGCAUCAUGUGUUGCACCUUAGCAGACCUUAUUCGGGUGUUCGUCUGUAUGUCUGUUGAAGCGGCAUAGUUGUCAAGUUGGACGAUGAGAGGCAACGGACCAGAUGGUAAGGGGUCAUGAGUGAGUUUGAGGGGAUGGGGUUGAGUUGACAGGGGGGUCAAAGGGUAGAGGAAUGUCCAUGAGUCUCUGUUUUACUGCACAUUCUCCAUCAUCUUGAGGAAUUC